CCAGACAACAAGAACAUUGUGUUUUUGAUCUCAACAAGAAUAAGUGUUGUAUAUAUCACUUGUCAUGUUUAUGCUGGUCGUUCAAUGCACAUUGUUCGAAAAGUUUAGUGACAUCUCGUCCAUGAGUUUGGCUUUGGUUCAUACAAUCGAGGAUUGAACAAUCCAAAAUGAUCGUUGACACGCCAACAUAUUGAUAUGGCUCUUCACAGCGAACACGGUAAGUGUUGCGCCUUCAGGAUCAGUGAUACCCUGUUCUCCACAUCUUUCCCCGAUCAUUGGCUAGUGCUGACGACGUACUACUGCACUGUGCUCAAACAAAGCGAACCCGAAUUGUUGGGUUUGAGUAUAAAAAUGACCAUGAGCGUCCUAAAGUUCUUCGUUCAACAUCAACAAAGUCAUUCAACAUGGAAUCCUCCCAAUUUCCGAUCCCCAAGGAGUUUCAGAAUGCAGUUCAUUUCGUCGAAGCCAAGGAUCAACGAACCUACGAAGAUAUUCUCAACUCCUUGACUAAUUUUACCCCUGUCAAAUCCGAGAAGAAUAUCUGGACGUUCUGGCAUUCUGGUGCUCGCUCAAUGCCAAGCUGGUGUCAACGUAAUAUCAUCAAUUGGGUCCGUCUAUGUGGCCCAUCUUGGACGUUGCGCGUUGUCGAUAAUGUCCCAGGAUCUCAAAACAAUGCACUCAAAUGGUUUUCAGCAGAAGCACUACCGGAAACUUUCGUUAAAGGAACCAUGGAUGGUCCUUAUACAGGACCUCACAGCGCUGACUUCCUUCGUGGAGUGGCUCUCUACGAAUAUGGUGGGGUCUGGAUGGAUGUUGGUAUCAUCCUCAUUCGUGAUCUUGAUAGGAUUUGCUGGAGACAGUUGGAAGACCCCACUUCACCAUUCGAGAUAUCAGUUCCUUGGAUGUUUGGAACCCACAUGGCAAACCAUUUUGUUGCAAGCAGAAGAAAAGAUCCCUUCAUCAAGCGUUGGCAUGAUCUCUUCAUCCACCUCUGGAAAGAUCAGAAGAAUUGCGACCAUCUCAUAGAGAAUCCUUUGGUUCAAUUCGGCAAAGCAGUCAAAUUCGAAGAUUCACAAGCUCGAGGCUUUCAUUGGGACUUUGCUCAAACACCCACUAUGGUGAUGGGAUAUAUAAGUCAGGUGCUGAGCUGGGAUCGUCUCUGCAUGCUGGAAGAUCCCACUGAUGGCUUUAACGGCAGGGAAUAUUACGCCGAAAAAGUACUCCUAUUCGACUCCCUAACGGAAGAUUGGAGCGCUGAAGCAACACUUGGUUUCGCUGGGAAGGAUCUAUUCAAUGCAUUGGCGACAAAGCUCGAUGCAGACCCCACAUCCGCGAACUAUCAAAUGGCAUAUAAAGCGACCUGGAGGAUGCUUACACAAGCGAGUAUGCAGAAGAUUACCCAUGGCAAGAAUUUGACGAAAACGGAGGCAUUAGGCGUUCUGUGGGACAAGAAGGAGAAUGAAGGUAAAGACAUUGAACUUGGCACUUUUGGAAGUCUAUUGCGUUAUGGUAGUGUUCAUUUCGAGCAAACAAGGGAGCAGAUUGACUACGUGAAGGCUGAAAAACCAGAGUUUGUGAUAGCGAAAGGACUUUUAGAAGCAUAGGUUCGGGUAGCUUUUUUAUCUCCUACAUAGGCGACCCAGACAAUACUAUUAUCG